AUGGUUAUCAACGUCGUUUACAAUAAGCCUCAUUUCGACAAGGCGUUGGAGGAAGCGGCCAGCAAUUUGGUCGUUGUCGAAUUCACGGCUCAUUGGUGCAACGCUUCUGCAUCCAGCCUGAAAAAAGUGGCUGACUUGGCUGCGGCAAAUCCCACCGUCGCAUUUAUCAAGGUCGAUGCUGAGAAAAAUAGUGAGAUUUCUAACCUUUACAAGGUCAACUCACUUCCAACAUUCCUCUUCCUUAAGGACGGUGUUCAGGUCGACCGAAUGGAUUAUUCCCUCCCCUCCGAGUUGGAACAGAAGGUCAAGAAGCACAAGCCUGUUUAA